CCUCGCGGCCUCCUCCUCCUCCCCCUCCCCCCUCCGGCCUCGUCAGUUGCCGGGUCAAAACAAAGCCUGGAGCCUGACGUGGCCUGGUUUCGUCUCUGCCGCCGCCGCCGCCUGAGAAGACGAGGAGGAGGAGGGAGAGAAGGAAAGGGAACCCUUCUCGGCGCCGCCAUGGAGGCCCGCUACAACCUCAAGAGCCCCGCUGUUAAACGUUUAAUGAAAGAAGCUGCUGAACUGAAGGAUCCAACAGACCAUUAUCAUGCCCAGCCAUUAGAGGAUAAUCUUUUUGAGUGGCACUUCACAGUCAGAGGCCCUCCAGAUUCAGAUUUUGAUGGAGGAGUUUAUCACGGACGGAUAGUUCUGCCACCAGAAUAUCCUAUGAAACCACCAAGUAUUAUUCUCUUAACGGCUAAUGGCAGGUUUGAAGUGGGAAAGAAAAUUUGUCUAAGUAUCUCAGGACAUCACCCUGAAACAUGGCAACCAUCAUGGAGCAUACGAACUGCCUUACUUGCUAUUAUUGGAUUCAUGCCUACGAAAGGGGAGGGAGCCAUAGGAUCUCUAGACUAUACACCCGAGGAAAGAAGAGCACUUGCUAAGAAGUCUCAGGAUUUCUAUUGUGAGGGAUGUGGAUCACUUAUGAAAGAAGCUCUCUUACCAUUAACAUCCGGAAGUGCCUCAAGUCAGGCUGCUGAUAAAGAGGCCAAGGAACUUGCUAGGCAAAUUAGUUUCAAGGCGGAAGUUAACUCAUCUAGAAAAUCUGUUGCUGAACCAGCAAAGUUAUCAGAACUAAGCCACUCGGACAGUUCCCCUGAACACCAACAAGAAAGUACAGUCCCAGCCUUCCAGGACACAAUUGAAGUGUCUGAAAAUCAGUCCAACUCGGCCCCUUCAAGUCCUGAAAGCAACCCCCAGCCUGUGGCAAAUGCUACUUCUCUGAGCCCUCGCCAGAGGCGUGCACAGCAGCGGAGGGUGCCGGCAUCAACCAACUUCAACCAGGGUCAACAGCCGAGAGUCAACGCAGAUCCUAUAGAGUCAAACGUCCUAAUUCUUGUUCUUGUUCUGGCAUUAGCAGCACUUAUAUUUAGGCGUAUAUGUCUAUCCAAUGAGUAUAUAUUUGAGUUAUGAUUUUCUCUUGUAAUGUUACUUAAUAAUCUCUUUACUAAGGUAUUGGAUGUUGGGUAUGAGGAUUGUUUACAUAAGGUCACUUUUUGUAUUUACUCAUUUUAAGUCCGAAUGUCGCUGUACCAUGGGGUACCGUAAUAUCUGCAAAAAGUGUGCACCUUAAUAUUGGUGUGAGUAUGGACUAUUGGCAUUCUGUACCAACCAAGCAGAUGACCUGCAGAAAUGCUUUGACAUUAACAGGACGUUUAGGCAAUAAGAGGACUGGAUGGAUCACUUGUGAACUUUUGUGGAUCACUUUUAACUGAAGAAAACAAGAUAGUUGUGGUUUUAUGCUUGAAUGAAUAAACUAUAAAGGUUUGCCUGAAUGAACUAUAAAUGUUUGCCUGAGAGGGAUACAUUGAAGUGCAAAUAUGUCUGCCUAGUAGAUGUUAUUAAACUGAACAGAGAAGGGAAGUCGCUAAUAUUUUGUAAGUACAUUUAUUUUUCACACAACAAAUGCAGGGGGGAAAAUCCUGACAUUAUGUCAUCUAUGGAAAAAGGGGCCAGAACAUAUUUGAUUUUUUUUAAAAAAAACUAAUUCUCUAGAAGUUAGAAUAAUAUUUUGCGAGAUUUAAAUGUGAUUUUCUGAUAUUCAGUUGUGUAUAUUUCACUUUUUUAUAAUUCCAGAAUUGGUUAUAACUAUGUAUAAUUUACCCAGAACUUACUGACAGUGACAUCCUCCAGAAAUACAUGUAAUGCAUUAAGUUAACUGUUUCAUGUGCCCAUUAUUUAAAAAAUAAUAAAAGCAAUUUCAAAAUCUGUAAAUAA